AUCAACGGGCUCCUCUUCGCUUGCCCACAGGCGCCGGCCGGACGCACAUCUCCCCUUCCAAGCCUUCCCUCCCCCGCCCCCUCCCUCCUCCUCCCCUCCUCUGUCCCGCUUGCCUUGCACACCUUCGCCCGAUGCUGCGCGCCGCCCGUGAGGCCCCUCGCUCGAUUGCCGCCGUCAUCGCGCCGCGACCAUCCCCAUCGCUGGCCUGGCGGCCGCCCGCCAGCGGCAUCACGGCCGGCGCUGCGCGACGCACCUUCGCCUCGGGUGUCGGAUCUCUGCCCGGGGCCUCGACCUCCUCGUCGCCGGUGCCGCCGCCUCCGCCACCCCCGCCGCCCGGGGUGAAGCUCGACCAGCCCGACCGGCCGAUCCGGCUUCCACGGCAGCUGCCUCUGGGCUUUCGCCUCCGGCGGUCCCUCCGGCGCCUGUUCAACUCCGGGCAGGAAUACCCGACGCACAGCCUCUUUGGCCGGUCGGCGGCCGCCAUCUCCGGGCGGGGCAUCGGCCUCGGCCUGGCCCCCGGCCCGUCGCUUUGGUCCACGCUGCUGGAUGGCGGCCAGCCGGCCCCUGUGUCGGAAAACUGGGGCCCUGCCGGCGGCCCGGGCUACGGGCAGUAUGGCAACGCGGCCGGCGUCGGCUCGGCCGGCGGGAUCUCCCACCCGCCGCAGCCCUUCUUCGAUGUGCCCUCCUCCUUCCCCGAUGAGCGGUCCCUGUCUCCCCUCAAUGACGGGUACAGCAUCCAUCUGGCCUACGAGCGCAGUCUGCAAAGUCGGCGCGGCCACUAUUCCGCCGUUCGCGCGGCCGACCACCGGACCGCCCGGGCCAUCCCCUCCUCACGCUCCGAGAAAGCCUCCCCCUCGCGCCUGAACCUCCCCUUCGACCAACGCCCCAACGACCCGCGUGGCAUCGACUUUUCCCCGGCCUUUGGCUACUCGCUGGCCGGGCUGGGUGGCAGCCCCGGUGGUGGGCACAUGGCCUCCUUCUCGGCCAAUGCAUACUCGCUGUCGCAGCACCUCGAUAGCGGUGGGCGCUUCGGUGGCAGUGCCGGCGCGGCUGCCGGUGCCUCGGCCGGCGUCGGGGCCGGCCGUCCCGACGCAGGGGCCGCCGCCCACACCCACACCGGCACUGACGCCGCCCCCCGGCCACCGUAUGGGAAUGCCCCCCUGAACCCUGCCAACAGACAUGCCUCCGGCACAUCCCCACCGGCCGGGGACCGAGUCGGUCCCAACUCGGCGGCCCCGGAGUCGUCACUCUCCUCGGCUCGCGCGGCACAGGCCCGGCGACUGGGCAUCACCCUGCGGACCAUCGAAUUCGAUGCGGCCGGUCGCAUGGCUGACAGCUUCUCCCUCUACGCCAAGUCGGACCUCUGCUCGAUUCACGGCCUGCGGCCGCGCGACUUGCGCACAAUCAACUCCUACCGCGAUCAGGCUCCAUCUAUCCUCGUUCGAUCAAAUGCCAUCAUCGUCAACAUCGAGCAUGCCAAGGCCCUCAUCAAGCACAACUGCGUGCUGCUCUUCGACCCGAUGGACAGCUCGACGCGCCACGCGCAGCUCCGACUGAUGGCCGACCUGCGGCAGCGCCUGAGCGAGCCGGACCCCAGCCAGCCGCAGGCCUUCGAAUCCUUCAACUCCGACCCCCUGCCAUACGAGCUCCGAGCCCUGGAGGCCAUCCUGGAGAGUGUGACCCUCAGCCUGCGGGACCAGUACAACCAGUUUGCCCCGAAGGGGCAUGCCCUGCUCCGGCGCCUGGCAGGCAGCACCGACCGCGUGCUCCUGGUGCAGGUGCUGGAGCUCAGCAAGCGGCUCACUCGCUUUGAGGCCCGCCUCAAUGCGGUGCAGGCGUCCCUGAUGGACAUCCUCAAUGCCAAUGAUGACAUGGCCGGCAUGUACUUGACGGUGCGCGCGCAAUCCGGCAAGGCGCAGCCGGUGGAUGUGCACGAGGAUGUGGAAUUCAUGUUCGAGUUUUACACCAAGCAAAUUGAGGAGCUGGCCAAUGCCGUGACCGAGAUGAUCUCCAACAUCCGGUCGACCCAGUCGAUCGUGCGCAUCGAGCUGGACUCGCAGCGGAAUAGCCUGCUCCUGCUGGAGCUUCGCCUGGCCAUCGGGACCUUCGCCGUCGGGUGCGGCGCCCUCGGGGCCGGCCUCUUCGGCAUGAACCUGGAGAUCCCCCUCACCGGGCACGAGCGCCCGGACCAUGCACACGCCGAUGCCUUCGGCCACGGCACGGUCCCCUUCCUCACGGAAACCCCGGCCUCCUACACGACCCUCUCCGCGCAGGAGGCCGCCCUCUUUUCACACCGGACUGGCAGCUCCGAGAGCAUUGCCCUGCCGGGGCCGGCCGCGGGCCAGGCCGGCCCCCCCGUGCCGGCCGGGGCCAGCCCCGCCGGCUAUGCGGACGUCACGUCGCAGAUCCAUGCCGCCCUGGACCGGGCGGCCGCGGCCGGCGCCCCAACACCCCCGAUCGGGACCUCGGCCUCGACGUCGUCCGUGCUGGAUGUCCUCCACCAGGCGGCCUCCACCUCGGCGCACACGGUGCCGGUCCUCAACAACAAUGGGACCCUCUUUGUGGUGGUCAGCAGCCUGCUCUUCAUGUCGGUGGCUGUCAUCUCCUGGCGCCUGGUGCGCAUCAUGGAGCGGGUGGCCCAGUCGCCCCCGAGUGCCGGGUCGGCGGCCAUUGUUCCUUCGGUCGGGGGCGUCGGCGCUGCCGCCGGGGCCGGGGCCGCCGUCGCCGGGCCCUACCACCCUUCCCUCUCCGGCGGCGGCGGCGGCGGCGGCGGCGGCGGCGGCAGCACCGGCUCCAGCAGCACCGGCAUCGACGGCGCCAGCAACUCCAUCCCCCUGGGCAGCGGGGGCACCUCCUCGACCAGCGGCGAGCUGGAUCUGCCACCGGGGUUCGGCGUCGGGGUCUUCGGGGGCCUGCCCUCUGCCGCCGGGUCCCCGAAUGGCAGCACCGACGACUAUACCGUGCGCCGGUACUCAACUUACAGCUUCAGACACACUCCCGGCUUCGGGGACCGAUCCGCGCCGGGCCCCGGCGCCGCCUCCCCGGCGGACUACGAACCGCUGUUCCCGCCGGCAGCAGCCUCGUCACCGGCAUCCUCCCCCUUCGAUGAGAGCGACCCCUGGUCAUCCCGGAGGGGCUGA